UCACGUGACCCGCCAACGCGGACUCGCGCCCUCGCUCCAGCGUCAGAGCCGGCCUUCGCUCACUUGCUUCUCGGUGCCUGCUCCCGGUGGACCUGAGGGCGUGCGGGCCAGAGGCAGCCGCAAAGAGUCGGAGGCGGACGGGAAGCAGGUGUGCAGGUCUAAGUGUCGCGGCGGCGCACUCUUCGGCGAGAAUCGGGAGGAGGAGGAGACUGCAAGGAUAGGCCCAGCCCUUUUUCUGGUCUCUUACCUCUAGGAGCAAUGGCGUCCAAACAGAAACAAGCGGUGAAAAAUGUCAACAUGGAAAAUGCCCAGCAGGAAAAGGAAGGAGGACAGGGCCCCGUGCAGAAUGAAGAGGAAUCACGCAAUUCGAGAGGGGGUGAAGGCCAGAAGCAUGGAAGAAAUGUCAGGCUGGGGCGAAUGAGACGACUUGUCCCUAAUUUUCGGUGGGCCAUACCCAGCAGGCAUAUUGAUCACAAUGAAGUGGGAGAUGAUGAGGAAAAGUUUGUAGGGCAGAUGAUGGAAGUCAGGAGAAAGACUAAAGAGCAGCAAAUGAGGCAUCAUAAGCGCUUCCAAACUCCUGAACCUGAUAAUCAUUAUGACUUUUGCCUUAUACCUUGAAUCCUAAGGUUUUCUCCGAGGUCAAUAAUGUGACCUCUGCUCUACAAGCUUGUAGUUUUGUGAUUUACUUUUUCUGUAAACCUUUUGGUGUUUCCACUUACCAGUUUGUAAUUAAAUAUUGUUUUGUCUCAGUGUAAAAUUUUCUGUCCAGUAGGACAAUUUCACUCAGUUUUAGGAAAAACUAUUCCUUUCAUAAUGUGAAAUUAAUAAAGCAGUUUAAAAAGCAA